AUGGCAAGUUUCUUCCUCACUCAAGUACUUGAAAAGAUGGGUUCAAGAGACAAGGAUAUCCGUUUCAUGGCUACUCACGAUUUAGCCAAUGAAAUGGAAAAGGAAUCCUUCAAGAUGGAUCCUUUAAUGGAACCAAAGAUUGUUCAAAAAUUAUUAACUCUUGUUGAUGAUAAUGCAAAUAAUGUUCAAGAAAAUGUUGUUAAAUGUCUUGGAUUAUUAAUAAAGAUUGUAAAAGAUCAAAUAGCACAAGAGAUUGCAGAUUCAUUGAUCAAGGGAUUAUUAGAGUCUGAAAAGGAGGAUUUGCAUGAAAUCAGUUCGAUUGGGUUAAAGACUAUUAUUGGUAAUAUGACACCCGACUCGACUAUUGCUACACUCGUCACCAAGCGUGUCGCACCAAAGAUGCUCGAAGGUAUCUCUGCCAGCAAACCUGGAGACAAGACUGAAGUCAAGAUGUACUGUCUCGAUAUUCUCAACUACCUUCUUGUCAAGUACGGCUCGUUGGUACCAAACCUCGACCAAGUACGUGACGUUGUCUUGCCCAACCUCUCUGCCACUCGUCCAGCCACCCGUAAGCGUGCUAUCAACUGUUUGGCCAGUUUUGCCAUCCCAGCCUCAGACGACCUUUUCUACGGUCUCAUGGACAACAUUACCAAGCAAAUUGAUGAGGCCAAGAAGGGCGACCAUGUGUCAACCCUCGUUCAAUUGAUUGGCCAAAUCGGUCGUUCCUCUGGCUACCGUCUCGGCAAGUACCUCCCCAAAAUCAUGCAACAUAUCCUCAAGAAUGUUGAAAAUAGCAAAUUUGAAUCCGACGAACUCAAGGAAAACUGUCUUCUCUGUUUUGAAUCCAUCGUUGAAAAGUGUCAAAAGGAUGUCUCUCCCUACCUUAACGAUAUCAUCACCCUCUCCCUCAAAUAUAUUAAAUUCGAUCCAAACUAUGAAGAUGAUGAAGAUGAAGAAAAUGAUGAAAUGGAAACUGAUGAUGAAGAUGAAGAAGAAGAAGAAGACGAGGAUGAUGGAGAUGUAGAUGAUGAUGAUGAUAUUAGUUGGAAGAUUAGAAGAUCAGCUGCCAAGACUUUGGCCGCUGUCAUUACUCAUCGUCCAGAAAUUUUAUUAUCUCUUUCAGAAACUGUUGCACCAACUUUAAUUGGUAGAUUUAGAGAACGUGAAGAAAAUGUCAGAUUGGAAAUCUUUACUACAUAUGUAUUAUUGUUAAAACAAACAAACAAAAAGAAUGUUGAUUUGAAGAGUAUUGGUGUAUUACAUCAACAAGUACCAAAGAUGAUUGCAUCGAUCAAGAAGCCAUUGAAUGACAAGUCGAUCAAGACUAGAGUAGGAGCCUUCCAAUUGCUCAAGGUGACUAUGGAGUUGUUGAAGCCACAACUUUCAGCCGCCGAGAUUACCAUCUUUGUCAAGGCCAUUGGCAGCGCCUUGGUUGAAAAGUCCAACAAUUCGAACCUCAAGAUUGAAGCCCUCUCCUUUUUGCGUGUGCUCCUUGCCACUCAACAAGCCGACGGAUUCCAACCACACAUCAAGGUACUCUCGGUACACAUUGUCAAGUGCGUAAGAGAGUCUUACUACCGUGUCUCGUCAGAGGCUCUUCGUGUAUGUCAAGAGUUUGUUACUGUUCUCCGUGCCGCCGACAAGCAAGCCAAGCCAGACUUGUCCAUUGUCAACGAAAUCUUUGAAGGUACACUCCAACAACUCAAGGCUCAAGACAUUGAUCAAGAGGUUAAGGAAUCUGCCAUCUCUUGUAUGGGUAUCAUCAUCUCGGUGUUUGGCGACGUUCUCUCUGCCCAACAAUUGCAGCCAUGUCUCUCGAUUCUCUUUUUGGAUCGUCUCGAGAAUGAAAUCACCCGUGUUGUUGCUCUCAAGGCCAUCUCCAAGAUUAUCACCUCGUCAUCUACCCAAAUCGAUCUCUCUUCGGUCAUCUCCAAGACUAUCGACCUCUUGACCACUUUCCUCAGAAAGAACAACAGAUCACUCAAACAAAAUACCAUCCAAACUUUUGUCGACAUUGCCACUCAUAUUCCAAAUUCUAUCACUGCAUCUCAAUUACCUUCUAUUUUAACUGAACUUUCUUCAAAUAUUAGUGAAAGUGAUUUACAAUUAACCAAUUUAUCAUUUGUAUUUUAUAAACAAUUAUUGGCAACACAUGCUAGUAGCAUUAAAUUAUUCAAGGAGAAACUGUUACCAUCAAUUUUGGCAUUGUUAAAGAGCUCUGUAUUACAAGGAGUUGCAUUGGAAUCAUUGUUACAACUGCUUGCCGACGUUGUACCAAAGAAGGAAGCCGGUGUCACAUUUGGCGAUCUUUUGGCCGCUCUCUUUGAUGCUGCCUCGCAAAUCAAGCAGCCAGCCACCCGUCAAUCAAUUGCUGCCAUUUCACAGUGUAUUGCCGUCAUUACCAUUGCCUCGGGCGACCAAAUCAAGCCAACCGUCGAGAAGCUCAUCAAGAACCUUUCCUCCAAUGAUGACUCGCUCGUUCUCCUCUCACUCACCACUAUUGGUGAGAUUGGUCGUCGUACCAACUUGUCGUCUGUCAGCUCGACCAUUCAAAACGACAUUUUCAAGACAUUUGACGCCAGCAAUGAAGAAGUCAAGCAAGUUGCUGCCUUGUCACUCGGAAACAUUGCCGUUGCUGCCCUUGCCACCUAUGUCCCAUUCAUCUUGGACAAUAUCAGAUCGCAACCAAAGAAGCAAUAUUUGUUGUUACAUUCACUCAAAGAGUUGAUUGUCAAGCUUACAGCUGCCGGCACUAUUGCCCAAAUCCUUCCAUUCUUGCCAACUAUUCUCCCAUUGCUCUUUGAAAACAGUACCAAUGAAGAAGAAGGUACUCGUAACUUGGUUGCAGAGUGUCUUGGUAAGUUGGCCAUGGUCGACCCCAAGAACAUCAUCCCACAACUCGAAGCCAAGAUUGGCACCAACUCACCAUUUGCCGAAGCCACCGUCGUCACCUCGAUCAAGUUUGCCAUCCUCGAGUCCAAGAAUGGACUGGCCACCGACUAUUUGGAGCCCAUUGUCACCCGUUUCCUCGCUUUGCUCAACAACCCAGACCUCGUUGUCAAGCGUGCCGCCCUCCUCACACUCAACUACAUCUCGCACAACCGUCCUGCACUCAUCCGUGGUAACCUCCCCGUCUACUUGCCCAUCCUCUACAACAACUGUCGUAUCAAGCCCGAACUCAUCCGUGAGGUUGAUCUCGGACCCUUCAAGCACAAAGUUGAUGACGGUAUUGAAAUUAGAAAGACUGCUUUCGAGUGUAUGUACACGUUGCUCGAUACCUCUGGCGACAAGAUUGACAUGGCUCCAUUCAUCGAGUCGAUUGCCGCCGGUCUCAAGGACACCCAACACGACAUCAAGUUGCUCUGUCAUCUCCUCAUUGUCCGUCUCUCCAUGGUCAGUGGACAAGCCCUCCUCGAAGGUCUCUCCUCCUUGGUCGACCCAUUCAAGACUACCCUCUUGGCCAAGGUUGCCGACCAAACCGUCAAGCAACAAGUCGAGCGUAACGAAGAGUGCAUCCGUAGUGCCCUCCGUGCCAUCGCCUCUAUCCACCGUAUCCCAUCCUCAGAGUCUAUCGUCAAGUUUGAAGAGUUUGUCCGUACCACCAUCCGUCAAAAUCAAAAACUCAACACUACCUUUAACACUAUUCUCGAGGAAGAUCAAUCUAUUCAUGAUGAAAAGAUGGAUACUGGAUCAGAUUAA